UGAUUACACCAAGUUUCCACUGAGUAUUCUCUCUGUGAAGACUGAAGAUGAUGAAGAGAAACCACAAGUAGACAACCUCUUAGCUCCACUAUCAGAUAGUGAGGCUGAAGACGAGGUUGAAGAACCUUUGAGCAGAGAUAAAGACUGUGAAGGUGAUAUGAGGACUCACACUGACAACAAACACUCUGAAUGCUCUACAAAGAAAAUAAGUAAAAUAUGUUUGAGCUGCUCAAUUUGUGCUGAACGUUUUAUUUUAAAGGGCCAAUUAAAUCAACACAUGAAAACACACACAGGUGAAAAACCAUUUAAUUGUUCAGUUUGUGGCAAAAGCUUUUCUACAAAGAUCCGCUUGACUCAACACAUGAGAACACACACAGGAGAAAAAAAAUGGAAAUGUUCAGCUUGUGGCAAAAGCUUUUAUAAAAAUAACCAUUUGACUCAACACUUGAGAACACACACUGGUGAAAAACCAUUUAAUUGUUCAGUUUGUGACAAAAGCUUUUCUCAAAGUGGCUCUUUGACUCAACACAUGAGAACACACACAGGUGAAAAAACAUUUAUUUGUUCAGUUUGUGACAAAAGCUUUUCUAGUAAGAGCAUAUUGACUAAACACAUGAGAACACACACAGGUGAAAAACCAUUUAACUGUUCAAUUUGUGGUGAAAACUUUUCUAUCAAGAACCGUUUGACUGAGCACAUGAGAACACACACAGGUGAAAAACCAUUUAGUUGUUCAGUGUGCUGUAAAAGGUUCACACAUAAUGCAGACGCAGUAGAACACACAAGAACACACACAGGUGAAAAACCAUUUAACUGUUCAAUUUGUGGUGAAAACUUUUCUAUCAAGAACCGUUUGACUGAACACAUGAGAACACACACAGGUGAAAAACCAUUUAGUUGUUCAGUGUGCUGUAAAAGGUUCACACAUAAAGCAGACGCAGUAAAACACACAAGAACACACACGGGAAAAUAACCAAAUAGCUGUUUAGUUUGUGGUAUGUUGCUCAUAUGUGGUGACAUCCACCCUACCCAGGACCUCCUCACUGCUUCUUUCACAAAUAUCUGAGGUAUUCAUACAAACUUGGAUGAUUUGGAGCAUAAUCUUAUCUACUCAUGACCCCAUGUCUUCUCUGUAUCUGAAACCUUCCUGAACAGUAAGAUAGAUGAUGCUUCAAGUGCUUGGUUACUCCUUCUUCAGUCCAGGGACCUGGGGCCUCAUGUGUCAAGUUUGUGCACGCUCAAAAACCUGCACUACACCCUUUUUCACUGCAAAGUUGAGAUGUAUCAAAGCUGACAUAAUUAAAAUGCAGCAUGAGACACUGCACACUGAUA